UAGAUUGAGUAGAAGUCGGUGGAGCCACACAUUAAAUCACAGACUUCACUGCUCAUCUGAGGAGUGUUACUUGACGUCCAGCUUUGCGUUUUUUUUGUUGCCAGUUUAUGUCGCUGCAUAUUUUUUGACAUGCAGCCACAGGUUGACUGAUUUAAUCCAGUCACUAUGGAUUAUUCCUCUUCAUCUCGAGUCGAUUGUCACUGACGGGAUCGAAAUGGGCACCGUCGAGAGAUCAGCGGUGAUUGAGAAAGAAUCAAACUGAUCGUAUCAGGUGGAGACGGAGGCAACAUCUGUGGCGAGCGACGCACAAUUUCUAGAGACAAGAGAGGGACCUGUGGAGGGACCUUUAUGAGAGGAGGCGAAGCGAAAAGAUGAUGGGAUGGCCGUGACAACAUGAAAAAGAAAAAGUGUGGUGGUCUAUUUUCAUCCAGCCAGUGAUCCAAAGCAACUAACCUGGGGGACAGGGACCGAGAGAGAAGAGGUAGUAGGAGAAAGGUGCGUGGCCACCACCGUGACCAUGGAGCCUCCCCCCUCUCUGAGCUUGGCUCUGCUAGGAGGGAGCAAGGAUGAGGACCAGCGCUUCCUCCUUCCCCUGAGCAGUAUUUCCCAUCCCUCAACAACUGGCAACCAGCCAGGAUCAAACCACUCCAACCACAUGGGAGGAUCAAGCCUUGACCGUUUAAAUGGCAGCACCCUGUCCCUGUCCCCUACCACGCCCAACUUACCUCCAUCAUCGCUCCCUAAGUUGCCCCUGUCAUCCUCUGGAGCCCAGCCUCUUCCCCCAGCCAUCCCCAACGCCCUGCACCCCACAAGUACCCCCCUCUCCUCCUGCCUGGGCUCGCAGCACAGCCUGAGUGGGGACUCCCCAGUCUACAAUGCCCUCUUUUACUCGUCCCACUCACCCUCCAUGGAGCGGGACAGGGACAGGGAGAGAGAGAGGGGCUGCAAACACAGGCAGGCCAGCCCCCUGGUCCACCGCCGGGACAGUAACCCCUUCACGGAGAUCGCCAUGAGCUCCUGUAAGUACACAGGCGGGGUCAUGAAGCCCCUGAGCCGCCUCAGCGCCUCCCGCAGAAACCUCAUUGAAUCAGACAGCAGCAGCGAAACCAAAGAGGGUUGCGUUUCAGCUGUUGCCGGGGCGACCGCCGCUGGGGGGCAUGACCGACAGCGAGAAGCCCCUCCUACCUCUUUGGUGGCCCUGUCUUCUACCAAUCCACCCCCAAUUCAUAGCCCUCCAGAGAUUGUGAUUUCUUCCAAAGAAGACUCGCCGUACCUCAGGGCGGGAUAUGACAUCACUGACUCCACCUCCAACCAGAUGUCCAUCUACCACCAAAACCACGCGCUGGUGGAGAGCAGAUUAGCUACAGUGCUUCCAGUCUUUAUGCUAAGCUAA